UUAAAAACCACGAUUAUCUUUAUUAUUUUAAAAAAUGUUUUAAAAAACCUGCUCUCGGAGCUGGUGCACGUGGCGGAGAGGAACUUGUCCCACCUCGAGGCCGUCCAAGGGGUCGUGGGCCACGCCCACUUCUCCCCCAUCAAGGCCAAUUCUCCCCCUGUGAUUGUCAACACAGAUACCCUAGAAGCCCCGGGAUAUGUGAACAGGACAGAGGGGGAAAUGGAAUAUGAGGAGAUCACAUUGGAAAGGGGUAACUCAGGUCUGGGCUUCAGCAUCGCAGGUGGCACUGAUAACCCCCACAUCGGCGAUGACCCUUCCAUCUUCAUCACCAAGAUCAUUCCUGGUGGGGCUGCAGCCCAGGACGGCCAUCUCAGGGUCAACGAAAGCAUCUUGUUUGUCAAUGAAGUGGACGUGCGGGAGGUGACCCACUCAGCGGUGGUGGAGGCCCUCAAAGAGGCAGGCUCUAUUGUCCGCCUCUACGUCAUGCACCGGAAGCCCCCGACUGAGAAGCUCAUGGAGAUCAAGCUCAUCAAGGGGCCUAAAGGUCUUGGCUUCAGCAUCGCUGGAGGUGUCGGGAACCAACAUAUCCCUGGAGAUAACAGCAUCUAUGUGACCAAGAUUAUUGAAGGGGGUGCUGCCCACAAGGACGGGAGGUUACAGAUCGGAGACAAGAUCCUAGCGGUCAACAGCGUGGGGCUGGAGGACGUCAUGCAUGAGGAUGCCGUGGCAGCCCUGAAGAACACGUACGAUGUGGUCUACCUAAAGGUGGCCAAGCCCAGCAAUGCUUACCUGAGUGACAGCUAUGCUCCCCCAGACAUCACGACCUGUGAGAACCCUCCAAACCCUGGAGCUCCCCAUGCCCCCACCAGUCACCCCAUGACAUCCCCAUUGACCCUGCCUCUUCAGAUCCUUCCCCUGAACUGGCCACAACCUCUAUCACUUCCUUUAGGUGGAGAAUAGAUGGAAAAUUGGUCACCGUCAAAGAACUAGAAAAGAUUGUCAAUAGUCCCUCCCCCAGAAGGCACUAGAUGGUUUUAUGGCUAAUUUUAUCAAAUCCUCAUGGACUAGGUAAUUCUUAUGCUUUUUCUGAGCAUAGGGAAAGAUAAAAUGUUUGAUAUUUCAUUUUAUAAGGGCAUCUGAAAAUGGUCACAAGGAUAAUGUAAGAAAGUAGGGAGCUCCCUGGUGACCUAGUGGUUAGGAUUCAGGGCUUUCAUUGCUGUGGCCUGAAUUCAGUCCCUGGUCAGGGAACUAAGAUCCUGCAACCCCAUGGUUCAGCCAAAAAAAAAAGAGGAAAGUAUAGGUUAAUUUUGCUUCUGAACAGAGAUGUAAAAGUUUCUAAUAACAUAGUUGCAAAACAAACACAGGGGCAUAUUAAGGGAGUAACACUGUCACAAAGUCAGGUUCAUUUCAGGGAAUUAAAGGUGUUUCCAUAUUAUGAAACCUCUAAGUAUGAGUCAUUGUAUUUAAAAAGUUAAGGGAGGGAAGGACUUCUUUGGCAGUCCAGCAGUUAAGACUCCAUGCUUCCACUCCAGGGGUCACCAGUUCGAUCCCUGAUCCCUGGUCUUUGGGGAGCUAAGAUCCCACCUGCCACGUGGCUUGAAAAAAAAGGUAGAAAAAACAGUAAGUUCGUUUCACACAGAUGUGGGAAAGGCAUUUGAUGAAAUUCAACGUCGUAUUCUGAAAGGGAAACUUAGUAUACUAGGAACAGAGGAGUUUUCUUUAACAUGAUUGAAAAGUGUUAUCAGAAAUCAACAGUGAACACAUUGUAAUGAUAAAAUCCUAUCUGUGUGUCCAUUAAGUUAGGAACUAGGCAAGGAAGCCUCUUCCUGCUACUGUUAGUCCACAUUGCUUUAGAGCAGGGUUUCUCAACGUUGGGGCUAUUGACAUUUUUGUACUUGACAAUUCUUUGUUGUGGGGGGCGUUGUUCUGUGCACUAUAGUAUGUUUAACAGCAGCCCUGGCCUCUACCAGAUGUCAGUGGUACCCUUCCCCUCCAGUCAGAACAACCAAAAAUGUCUUUCAGUUCAGUUGCUCAGUCGUGUCUGACUCUUUGCAACCCCAUGAAUCGCAGCACUCCAGGC